AGAAAAUCUUCAAAAUUAAAUAUGAAUGAUGUUGUAGGACUACUUCUUCGUUGUGUGUUGUAACCAUGUCCGACUUAAGAUAAAGAUUAUUUGAUAUCAGCGUAACAUCGUUAUACCUGAAUACCAAUUUCAUUAAUAUCAGAAUGCAAAUCUAGUCAAUUUCAAUUUUACAACAAAUGAACUCACAAGUACAUAAUGAAUUUACUUGGAUGGUUGGAUAUCGGGAUCUUUGAAAUAUAAGCUGAGUAUAUUUCAAAUGGUGUAAUGAUGGAAACAAUUUCAUCAAUACAAGUAAUGAUGAGGUCUACAGUUCGAGGGAGAAAAAGAUUAUAUAGUGACACACUUUUAAAGGACUAAAGACGUUCUUUCAAGUAAAGUGGAUCGUUCUAGAAUUUAACUCUACCAACCAAAGGUAAAUGCAAUUAUCGGAAGAUGAUGACAAAGGAGAGCGAGGAUGAAGACCAAAUCACAGACUUGGUGGUUUCCCAUGCUGAGAUGAGAGCCAUGCUCUGGGGCCGACAACGAGAAAAGAGUGUCAGUGAGACUUCUGUGUCAUCCACUGCAGACGGUCAAGUGACGUCACAGCGAGCAGAGAGACCGGCAAGUCUCAGCGAAGAAUGGAAGGAAUUGGAACGACUCCGCACGACUGAGGGACAAUCUGAAAAUUCAAACAUGGGGCCACAUAAAACGCACACCAGGGCAUCUGUCUGGAAAAAUUUCAUCGCUUUAUGUACUGGUUUAAUGCUGGCGUUUAUGUCCUUUUUACCUCUUCGAAAUAUUCAAACAAGCAUGUUUUCAGAAUAUUAUCUUGGAACUAUAUCGCUUGGUUUAAUAUACGGAAGCUUUAUAAUUGGUUGCAUUGUUUCACCUUGGUUGGUUCAAAACGCGCGACCCAAAGGAUUAAUAUUACUGUCUUUGGUUUCACACGUGUUCUAUGUCACAUCAAUCCUGUUUCCCUCGUUUUGGACACUUCUUCCGAUGUCAGUUCUUUUCGGUUUUCUUCAGGCCCCCUUGUGGUCCGUACAGGAACUCUUGAUAGGAAGUUACGGAACAAGUUAUUCGUCCAUCACAGGUAUCAGAAUAGAGCGCUCUAUUCACCAAUUUCAGAGCGUAUUCGUUGUGUUUUGCCAUUGUGCUCAAAUUCUUGGAAAUUUAGUUCAGAGUGUCACGUUGAGAUUCGAUGACAAUUACAGCCAUGCCAAAAUAUCUGCAUAUGAAAAACAUAUACCUGCAUGUAAUAACUCGUCCCACUGUGGUGGAGAUAACCACGUGAUCUACGACGGGUCGUUUGGGCAGAAAAUUUUGAGUUAUUUCGUAGAAGAUUUCGAAAGACUCGACUACUUGCAAAUCCUUAAACUGCUCUAUCUGAGUCUAGCGUGUUGUUCGGUGAUUCUUAUAGGAUGUUGUUUAAGAAAGCCAGAUAUCAUCAUCAAUAAGAGAAAAACUCCCUUCUGGGAUAAAAUCUGCGAUGUUUUAAGCUUUUUCAGAACCAAGACAUUUUUUAUGCUUGGGUUGUUAAUGGUUUUUACCGGUAUGCAGCAAGCCAUAGUUAUAAGUGACGUCACGAAGAUGUAUGGUACCGAUACCCUAGGCAUGGGAAUGAUAGGGUACAUCAUGAUGUGCUACGGUACAGCGCAGUUGGCGAUGUUGUUGGUUAUCGAAAAACUCCAAAAAAGACUUAAACCGGUCGUUUUUGUUCUGCAAGGUUUCCUGGUCACACAAGGUCUUCUUCUAGUAUUGUACAUAUGGGAGCCACACUCGGAUUCUGUUUACAGCAUUCUGGGAUUCAUGACCCUCUGGGGAGCCCUAGACGCUGUUUGGCAGUCUCAAGUACAAGGCAUAUUGGUGUCGUCUGCUGUCCGGAAGGAGCCUGCAGUCAUAUGUUACAGGGUGUGCCAGGGCUUAGGGCUGUGUGCCGUCUUUUUCUCCUCCAUUGUCCUCACGCUCCUCUACAAAGUAUGUUUAAUUGGAUCCACCCUUGUGUUGGGUGUUAUUGGGUACCUCAUCAUGGAGGUGUCAAAUAACCCCAUAACACCAAUGGAAAAUCGAGCAUUUAAUGUUUAGUGUUAUAACGUAUCAGGUUUCAUUACGGAAUUAUGUUCAAUUUCUUUAAAUGUUUUUCAUAUGGUAUUUGUAAUAAUUAGAAUUGCACAAUAGAAAAGAAAAGCCAAAUACAUGUACAUGUACUCGUGUUUUGAUGACGAAAACUUAAGGACAAACAAUAUAUUUGUUAAAAGAGCUGUUUUCCAGUUAACUUUUAGGUUAUUGAAAUUAGGUUUUAAUCGCGUGAUCGUCAUUUCCCCGUAAAUUCGUGAUGUUGAAUACAAAAUUAUAGAAUUAAAACCUCGCGACAUAUACUUGAUUUACGAUAAUAAAAAAGGCUUUAUUCACACAUCCAAAAUUGUAUUCUGUAAACGUUUUGUUAACUUUUGCUAUAUUGUAAUACUGCCAAACGUUGCCGUCAUGAUAGUCAUUGUAAAACGUCACUGUAGUCUGUGUAUGAUGUCAUCGUAGUCUAUUAAUGUAGUCUGUUACACUGUCAUUUUACAACACACCUUUUUUUCUAGAGCUUUUUAUUGAUUUGGAAUAUGUUUUCUAACCUGCAACGAAUUAGUACAUGUUCAGCUUGCAUAAUGCAAAGUUUGUUUUGUUUCGAAAGUGAUAUAAUUACUGUGUCAAUAAAAAUAUACAUUCCUUUAA